GGGUAGUUUUGGAAAUUCAAGUGAAUUUCUUGUCCGAAUCAAUUGCCCAUUGGUCGGUUCAAAAUGGGUGGGAAGAGAGAGAGAGAGAGAGAGAGAAAACCAGACUCUCUGCGGAAACCGCUUACGAUAGAUUUCACUUCAGCCCCAGUGGGUGCAGGAUUCUCUAUCGUACGCCUUUGGGUCUUCAAGUGUUUAUUUUUAACGUACGCACACCCACACCCACACCCACACCCACACCCACACCCUCCCUCAUUUUCCAUACACGGUACCCCGUAAUGGUAAUUAAAGCACACUCGGAAAACAAAUCUACUUGAAGAGGACCCUCCCACCUACCCACCCAACCCUUCGACUGAACCUGAAGCCGUACGCAGCAGUCUAUAGCAUAAGCUGCUGAUGAUUCUGUGUUGAAAGGUACUAAUAUUGAUAUAUAUUUACAUACAAAGGUAUCUCCUUUCUUCUUCUUUUUCCCUCUUCUUCCUCUCUCUACUUCAGCUGUUCAUCAGUACAAUAGGACCAGAAAAAGGGUUGUACUUUCUCUGACCCUUUCUGCCGGACUUUCACGGUAUUGAUUGCGAAAAUAUAAGAUGGAUAUGUAUGUAUAUCUCGUUUUGGUGUUUUUCUUAACCGGGUUUUGAAGGAUCUAUCUUGGUUUUCCUGUGUUUGAGCUGGGUUUAGUUGGAUCUGAUUAAUUUCGUUUUCAAUUCGGAGGGAGAAGGGUUUAGGUUUUUCAUGCAAAAGAAGACGAAACCAUAUCCCCGAUGUCUAAUUCAUGCAAUUUCUUUAGUGUUUUGGAUUGAUUUUUGGGGGAGAGAAAGAGAGAGAUAAGGUUUUUGGAUUGUAUCUGUUUGGAUUUGGGGCUAUAUUCGUUAGAUCUCUCAGUCUAUUACGGCAAACAAAAGAGGAUCCAAAAUAAAGAAAACUACAAGCUUCUUAUCAGUAUUGGCUUCCUUGUCCUCAUCCUCUUAUUGAGAAAGACCGGACUGCAAAACAAGAAGAAGAAGAGGAAAUGAAGUAAGGAAACAAAGGGGUUUUUCCUUUUCUCCAGAAACAAACAUGGCUAAUCGUUGGUGGGCUGGAAAUGUAGGGAUGAGAAACGUUGACCAGAUCUCGCCACCGCCAUCUCUUCACUUAAGAAACCCAGAAGAGGAACACACCAGUUUAAGCCGGCUUGGUCCGAGAAGAGAGCAAGAAUUCAUCCGUAACCAUUCCGCUAACCCCACUACGCAUACUCCUAACACCGUCAAUCAAAGCCAAAGCCAUGAAGAUGAAGAUAGCCGAGACGAUAACAACAACACCGGUCUCGAACUCGAAGAAGCCACCGGUCACGACUCCAUCGAACCCGGUAGCAGCAGCGGUGGCCCUGGUUCCAGCGGCGGUCGCCGACCAAGAGGAAGGCCGCCCGGCUCAAAAAAUAAGCCCAGGCCCCCCGUCGUGAUAACUAAGGAGAGCCCCAACUCGCUAAGGAGCCACGUCUUGGAAAUCGCAAGCGGCAGCGACAUCGUCGAUUGCGUCGCCACCUUCUCCCGCCGCCGCCACCGAGGCGUCUCCGUUUUGAGCGGCAGUGGGGUCGUCACCAACGUCACCCUCAGACAACCAGCCGCGCCGGGCGGUGUCAUCAACCUGCAAGGAAGGUUCGAAAUUUUGUCCCUCUCCGGUGCAUUCUUGCCCACACCGUCUCCUCCUGGCGCAACGGGGCUCACUGUGUACCUAGCCGGCGGGCAGGGUCAAGUUGUGGGAGGCGGCGUGAUGGGUGCACUGGUGGCAUCAGGACCCGUGAUUAUUAUUGCCGCCACCUUUAGCAAUGCAACCUACGAGAGGCUCCCGGUCGAGGACGACCAUGGCGGCGUUCAACCACAACAACAAGCCGGCAAUGGAAGUAACGAGAAUCAAGAAAAUAGUAGUGGAGGAGGUAAUGCUCAGACGACUCAAGGUUUAGGUGGUGAAGCCACAGUGCCUCCGUUGUAUAAUCUGCCCCAGAAUUUGCAGCUCCCUAAUGGUCAAUUGCCUCAUGAUGUCUUCUGGGUUCCCCCUCCUCGUCCACCUCCAUCUUACUGAUCAUAUAUAUAUGUGAAAAGAGAGAGAUAGAGCGAGAGAGGAAGAGAUAUGGUAGGUUGGAUUUUUUGCUGACUUGUUUUUGUGCAGAAA